GUAUUAAUGUAUUAUCACCAUAGGCACAGACAAAACAUUAUUGUUUUUCAAUUCAAAGGCCAGUCUCAUGUUCACCACAAGCAUAUCCUCUACCAGCACCAGAAUUUUGCUGUAAAUUUUUAUAACAACAAAAGGAUGAGAUUUCUUUAUGUAACCUCACUGUCUUCAUGGUGAGCACUUACUCGAGAGCUUCUUUCAAUUGUAAUUCAUUUUUAUAUGGCUAAUCUUGAGAAAUUUCUUAAGAUCCUUUUCAUUUUCUAGAUUAUUAGAUAAACUAUUGGUUCUAGUUUGAUGUUCAGAAUUGAAUAUUAGCGAACUUUCUUGAAAUCCUAUUUGUACUUUCAAGAACCUUUGAACCCCUGUUGAAAACUAUGGAUACAUUAUUGAAAACCCCUAAUAAGCUUGAGUUUCUGCAACCCCUUCAUGGAUUUUCUGUUAAAGCUAGCUCCUUUAGCUCUGUAAAGCCUCAGAAGGUUGGUUUUAGGAAAUUUUGUGAGAAUUGGGAAAGAGGGGUUUGUGUUAAAGCUAGUAGUAAUACCCUUUUGGAGCUUGUACCUGAGAUAAAGAAGGAAAAUCUUGAUUUUGAGCUUCCUAUGUAUGACCCUUCAAAAGGGCUUGUUGUAGAUCUAGCUGUGGUUGGGGGUGGACCUGCUGGGCUUGCUGUUGCACAGCAGGUUUCGGAGGCUGGACUAUCGGUUUGCUCAAUUGACCCGUCCCCUAAAUUGAUAUGGCCUAACAACUAUGGUGUUUGGGUGGAUGAAUUUGAGGCCAUGGAUUUGUUGGAUUGCCUUGAUGCAACCUGGUCAGGUGCUGUUGUUUAUGUCGAUGAUGAUAGAACUAAGAAUCUUGAUAGACCUUAUGGAAGGGUUAAUAGGAAACAGUUGAAGUCGAAAAUGAUGCAGAAAUGCAUACUAAAUGGUGUUAAAUUCCACCAAGCCAAAGUUAUAAAGGUAAUUCAUGAGGAAGCUAAAUCUUUGCUGAUUUGCAGUGAUGGUGUGACUAUUCAGGCAACAGUGGUUCUUGAUGCAACGGGAUUCUCUAGAUGUCUUGUUCAGUAUGAUAAGCCAUAUAAUCCGGGGUAUCAAGUAGCUUAUGGAAUAUUGGCGGAAGUGGAGGAACAUCCCUUCGAUACAAGUAAGAUGCUUUUCAUGGAUUGGCGAGAUUCCCAUCUGAAUAAUAAUAUGGAGCUGAAGGAGAGGAACAGAAAAGUUCCAACUUUUCUCUAUGCCAUGCCAUUUUCAUCGAACAGGAUAUUUCUUGAAGAAACAUCCCUUGUAGCUCGUCCUGGAUUACGUAUGGACGAUAUCCAAGAAAGAAUGGUGGCUCGUCUGAGUCACUUGGGUAUAAAAGUUAAGAGCAUUGAAGAAGAUGAGCAAUGUGUAAUUCCAAUGGGAGGCCCCCUUCCGGUAAUACCUCAGAGAGUGGUCGGAAUUGGUGGUACAGCUGGUAUGGUUCAUCCUUCAACGGGUUAUAUGGUAGCAAGGACCUUAGCUGCAGCUCCUGUCGUUGCUAAUGCAAUAAUUCAGUACCUUGGUUCUGAUAAGGACCAUCUAGGUAAUGAGUUAUCGGCAUCUGUUUGGAAAGAUUUGUGGCCCAUAGAAAGGAGACGUCAAAGAGAAUUCUUUUGCUUUGGUAUGGAUAUUCUUCUGAAGCUUGAUUUAUCCGCUACAAGAAGGUUUUUCGAUGCCUUUUUUGAUCUAGAACCACGUUAUUGGCAUGGCUUCUUGUCAUCUCGGCUGUUUCUUCCUGAACUUAUGUUUUUCGCGCUGUCCCUUUUUUCUCAUGCUUCAAAUGCUUCUAGAAUAGAGAUAAUGACAAAGGGAACUGUUCCUUUGGUAACUAUGAUUAACAAUUUGCUACAGGAUAAAGAAUGACUUAUCAGGGAUCUUGUUCAAUAGUACAUCACAUGUGUUAGUAACUAUUGUGUUGCCAUUGUACUUUUUAUUCUCAUUUCUUCCCUUUUCCGGAGCUUGUAGCAACUAACCAAGAGGGACACUGCUACAAUGCCUGCCGAUGAGAACACAGGUUUAGUUGGAGCAACAAUGAUUGCGAUGUAAGAGUUCCUGCAGGCAGAAUGUUUAGUGGUCUCUAAAAUUACAAGAGAAAUGGAAUGAUGUGAUGAGAAACUUUUUCCUUUCAUUAUGUCUCUGUAUGAGGACAAACCUGUAUGUUUAUGUUUAUAUACACAAGUAAAACUGCAAGUUUGUGAAAGUGUAAUUGCAGUUCUAGCAUGACUUGAAUGUACUGAAACAUCCAAAGGAUGGUAUAGAAACAUAUAUAUACAACUUCUUCAGAUUCUGAUCUCUA